UGCAUGAAUAAACAAUCGAUUUCGAUGAUGGCCUCACCACUGGGGGCGCUGUAAGUAGAGUGGACUAGCUUCGUGGCGCUGCUCCAGCAGUGUGGUACUUCCGUUUUACACUAGCGUAGCAAUGCGAGUGUUUUUGUCUAAUUUACUUACUGUGGAGUGAUUUUACAGACGUUGGGUAGUACAGUACAAGUUCCAAAGCUUUUCUGUAGCCAGAGUUGAAAAUGGAUGUACCCACGCCCCCCGAAGAUCAAGAACUGCGGAAUGUGAUUGACAAGCUGGCUCAGUUUGUCGCUCGGAACGGACCAGAGUUUGAGAAGAUGACAAUGGACAAACAGAAGGACAACCCCAAGUUCUCCUUCCUCUUUGGAGGAGACUUCUUCGGCUACUACAAGUGCAAGCUGGCUUUGGCGCAGCAGCAGCAUCCCUCUACCCGCGAUGGGGAGGAAUAUAAAUCUGAAGAGCUCUACAACCCAGGCACAUCAGACAUGCUUGACAUUCCUCCCCCACCUAUGGCCAUGAUGCCUCCGCCUCCCAUCCCUCCGUCCUCCGCCGCCGCGCCCGCCAUCGAUGACAUCAUCCAGCAGAGUCAGUGGAACUUGCAGCACCAGGAGCAGCACCUGCACACACUCAGACAGGAACAAGUUAGCGCAGCCAUAGCUUCGGCCGCCGAACAGCAGAUCCAAAAACUGGUAGUGGAAACUCAGCUGGACGUCACAGAGUUCGACAACCUGUUGCAGCCCAUCAUUGACACCUGCACCAAAGACGCCAUUUCUGCUGGAAAGAACUGGAUGUUCAACAAUGCCAAGACUCCGCAGCACUGUGAGCUGAUGACAUCACACCUCCGCAACCGCAUCACUGCAGAAGGAGCGCAUUUUGAGCUCCGCCUGCAUCUCAUCUAUUUAACCAAUGACGUUCUCCAUCACUGCCAGCGCAAACAGCAGAAGGAUUUGUUGGCAGCUCUGCAGAAAGUUGUGGUUCCAAUCUACUGCACCAGCUUCUUGGCUGUGGAGGAGGAGAAGCAGCAGAAGAUCACCAGGUUGUUGCAGCUUUGGGAGAAGAAUGGCUACUUCGAUGAGGAAACCAUUCAGCAACUCCAGAACCCAGCAUUGGGUCUAGGCCAGUACCAGGCCUCUCUGAUAACGGAAUAUGCCAGCGUGGUGCAGCCCAUCCAGCUGGCUUUCCAGCAGCAGAUCCAAGUCCUGAAGAGCCAACAUGAGGAGUUUGUGGCGACCCUGAAGCAGCAGCCCGCUCCCCAACUUGCCCCGCCUACUGAGCCUGAAAAGGCCCCACCUAUGACUUCACAACCUGCAGAGGUGAAGCCACCCAUGUCAGGUCCUUCUCCGGGAGACUUUGACGACGCUCCAGCCGGACCUCAGGACCCCAGCAACUCCAGCGGACCUUCAGAGCUACCCCCCAAGCCCGCGUGGUACGACCCCCAGCACAUGGGCCCUUGGAAUCCUAACCAGCCGCCACCCUUUGACCCAAACCUGCCUCCCCCUCCGUGUCCGCCAUGGAACAGCCAUGAGGGAAUGUGGAACGAUCAGAGGGAGCCAGGAAACUGGAGCGGGGGUCCACCUCGAGAAGGGGGUCCCUGGAGCAGUCCCGGUGGGCCUGAUCCAGGCCCCCCUUCUUGGAACUCAUACGACCAGCAACCUCCGUGGGGGAACCAGCCUGAGCAGCCCCCCUGGGGCCAACGGGAGCCACCCUUUCCCCCCCGCAUGCAGAGGCCCCCUCACUUCAGGGGCUCCUUCCCCCCCCAUCAGCAACCGCCUCCCUUUAACCAGCCACCGCCGCCGCCACAUUCUUUUGGACGCUUUCCUUCGCGCUUUAUGCAGGAUGACUUUCCUCCCAGGCAUCACUACGACCGGCCGCCGUACACGCCACAUCGCUUCGAUUACGCUCAAGGAGACUUCCCCAGAGACAUGCCGGGUCCACCCCCGCCCCACCACACCAACCAGAGGCUCCCUCCCUCCGGCAUGGGGGGUGAUCACCCGCCCUGGGGCGGAGCCCAGCACCCAGACUUUGGGCCACCCCCACACGGGUUCAAUGGCCAUUCACCGCAUGUACGCCACCGGCAGCCUCCGGCCCCGGACGACCCAAGCCUGGUGCCCAAUGUUCCCUAUUUCGACCUUCCUGCGGGUCUCAUGGCGCCGCUGGUCAAAUUGGAGGACACAGAGUAUAAAGCACUGGAUCCUAAAGACAUUCGCCUGCCGCCCCCAAUGCCUCCCAGCGAACGCCUGCUCGCCGCCGUGGAAGCUUUCUACAGCCCCCCAUCCCACGACCGGCCCCGCAACAGUGAAGGUUGGGAGCAGAACGGCCUGUACGAGUUCUUCCGGGCCAAGAUGAGAGCACGCAGGAAAAAAGGCCAAGAGAAGCGCAAUAGUGGGCGAGGCAACAGCCGCUCCAGGAGCCGCUCGGGCAGCCGUGGAAGGUCAUCCUCCCACUCUAGCUCGCGCUCGUCCAAGUCCAGGUCCCGGUCACGAUCCCGCAGUCGCUCGCGGUCCCGCAGUCGCUCACGCUCCUACUCACGUUCCAGGUCCAGGAGUCGGUCCAGAUCGUCAAGGAGUCGCUCACGCUCCAGGUCCCGUUCACGCUCACCCACCAGGAGGCGCCAUGGCCAUAAAUCCCGCAGCUCUUCACCUCCCUCCACCUCAGCAGCGGGCAGUGCCCCCUCCAAAGUGCCGCCAGACUCCCGCCUGGGCGAGGAGAACAAAGGCCAUCAACUGCUCAUGAAGAUGGGUUGGAGCGGAUCAGGAGGUCUUGGCGCCAAGGAACAGGGCAUCCAGGAUCCCAUCAAAGGAGGCGACAUCCGCGACAAGUGGGACCAGUACAAGGGAGUGGGUGUGUCCCUGGACGACCCCUACGAGAAUUAUCGCAGGAACAAGAGCUACAACUUUGUAGCCCGCAUGAAGGCUCGGGAAGAAGUGAACAGAGAACCUCAGGAGGCCCCACCCACUGAGUGAUGUCAUCAAAGAUUGUUAAGUGAUGGAUGUUGCUGGUCCACAUCAUUCUCCGCACGGGCCUUUUACUUUUCACAACUUUUAAAUCUGCAAACAACAUCUCGUUAACGUUUGUCGUCUGCUGUGCGACAAAAAUUAGGUUCAUUGUGUAUGGUUUUUUUUUUAUGUUACUGGCAUUUAGUGUUAGUAUUGGAGUAAAUUCCACAUAAAAUAAAAUCGUGUUGUGGCAACAGAAGCAAAAUAAACCAAACUCACAUUUAUAAACAUGUAUUUUCUCUUUAAUAAGACUGUCACACUCUUUUGGUUUCUAAUGUUUUGGUUUCAUUAUUUACUUGCAUUUUGCUCAACAGU